AUGAGAGAGCGCGAGACGUCCCCAGGCACGUGGGAGGUCGAUUAUGAACCCCUUACGGGAGAGUGGAGUGGUUGGGAAUGGGAUAGUACAGCUGGACAGUAUGCAAGCAGUGCCGGGGACCCAGAUGGUAUCUUGAGGUACGAAUACCAGACAAGUGUUGACGAUUCGAGCUCGACAUCACAAAGAAGCAAAGGAAAGGAGGUGCAGGACGAGACUAGCUAUCCGAGCAUGAGCACAUCUACUGGCGAAUCUGCGUCUCGAGAUGGAACACUAGUUACAACUGUGAGAGAGGAGAAGAAGAAGAGGGUGUUUUACUAUUUCACGAAUGAGGCAGGUGGAGAGGUCAAAACUCGAGAAAAUGAUUGGAAGGAAAGCUCCAGAAAGGUCGGCGGUAAGGUGUACCAGUGUUUCGAAUACACUGGGAAAAAUUCUGGACGAGUUUACUACACUUGGCAAUUGGGAGAAGCUUGA